AUGGGAAAUGCCUCUGAAACAUCUUUGUUCGCUGACACAUCUUCGUUCCUUUCUACCAUCUCUAAAGAACAUGACAUCCUCAUGGGGACCAUCUAUGCCAUAUUUGGUGUUUUCUCACUGGUGGGGAAUGGGAUAUUGCUGUUUGUGGCCUACCGGAAGAAGUCCUCCCUGAAGCCGACUGAGUUCUUUGUUAUAAACCUCUCCGUCAGUGACCUCGGAAUGACCAUCUCUCUCUUCCCCAUGGCCAUCUCAUCAGCCUUCGCACACAAGUGGCUGUUCAGUGAUGUUACAUGUAUGAGCUAUGCCUUCUGUGGGGUUUUGUUUGGACUAGCCAGUCUCACCAACCUCACAGUGUUGUCAUCUGUGUGCUGGCUUAAGGUCUGCUGUCCCAGCUAUGGUAACAAGUUCUCAUCCUGCCAUGCCUAUCUCCUAAUAGCAGCGGUGUGGUGCUAUGCUCUUAUCUUUGCCAUCGGGCCUCUGACUGGCUGGGGCCGGUAUGGUUCUGAACCCUACGGUACAGCCUGCUGUAUCGACUGGUACGCCCCCGGCCAAAGCAGAGCUGCCAUGAGCUACAUCAUCUGCCUCUUCCUCUUCUGCUACAUCGUCCCCUGCAUCAUCAUCUUCCUCUCCUAUAUCUUCAUCCUGCUGACUGUCAAGGGGUCACGCCAGGCGGUGCAGCAGCACAUAUCCCCUCAGAACAAGAUCCCCAACACACACACACUCAUCGUCAAGCUCUCGGUGGCGGUGUGUAUCGGUGUCGUGAUCGCCUGGAGCCCAUACGCCUUCGUCUCCAUGUGGGCGGCGUUCGUUAACUCAGCGGAGGUCCCUCCCUUUGCUUUCGCUGUGGCUGCCAUCUUUGCCAAGUCCUCCACCCUCUACAAUCCUAUCGUCUACCUGGUCUUCAAACCCAACUUCCGCAGGUCCCUCUGCCGGGACUGGCUGACAUGCCGACGGACCCUAUGUGCGUGUUUGUGCUCGCACGGCUCGAACCAGAAGGUGUCCUGUACACAGUCCCAGCAGCAUGGGAAGGAGGAGUGUAACUCGACGCGGCGGUCCAAUGGAUUGCCGGAGAACCAUAGGGGGGCAUGCAGGCACUGCCCAUGCCCAGAGAGAGACACUGGUUCUGGCGGAUACGGCCAAGAGACUACCCCUCAGAGGACUGCAAGGAUACUGCAGGGGUCCACACAUAGCGAAGUGGCUGUUAGUCAGCUGUCCAAUGAGAUGCAGAGUGACUUUCUCUGA